UGCAUGGGGUGGAUGCAUUUUUUCCAAUAAAAUAUAUUUCAAGAAAUGUUCUAUGGUAGCCUAACCUACCAUAAAAAAACAUUUGUAACGUAACUAGUUACACCUGCUUACAACUGUGUUGUCAAUAAACUGCAAAACGCAAGCUUUCACAGCAUUGGGCAAUCCAAACUGCUGUGAAUGGGGAUUACAUAGGCUGUGUGUUUUUCUUUUCUUUUGGCUAUUAUUACAAUGUUACAAUAUUCAACCAAAUAAAAUACCAUUGAAUGUGAUUCUAAUAAGGCUAUAAAUGUUGCAGGUCUGGGUAGAGCCAUAUACAGUAUCCUCUGGGCACAACCAAUUCAUUGCAUGUGCUUAAAUUCUACUGAGUUUCCUUAAAAAUAUUACACCAUUUAAUUAUUGUGUAGGCCUAGACAAGAUAAUAAUAAUAAUCAUCAAUUUGGUUAGAACAGGUUUUAUUACAGCCUACGGUCAAUUGGUCUUCCAAGUGUCCUUUGCGUUUGUUCCCAAACCUAUAUUUAACCAAAUAACAUACUAAACCAUCUUCGGAAUAACUGUAAACACACACAAAGCGCUCCUCUGGCUUUGUUCAUUCUCAUCCAAUUUCCCUGCCUCCUCAUUGGGGCUAAGAGGAUGCGGUGACUUCUGAUUGGGUGAAAGUUUUCCUCUGGCUUUAGCACUUGUGGAGUCGCCCACACCCCACUCAAAAUAUAUCCGUGGUCCAGACGCUCUAUGCUACCAGUUGUUUUUACAGCCAGUCAGUAACAUACUGACUAAAAUAAAUCCUUUUUGUAGACUAUUUGUAGCAACUUCCUAACUGAAGAUCAUAUAUCCUAAAGCGCAGCAUCCAGAUUGAGACGCGUUGUUAAACACAGAGGACAAAUAUUAUUAUUUUUAAAUCCGUUAAAAAGGAGCGAAGAUGGUGUCCGCUGGACUGGAGAUCCUUGGACUGGGACUGUGCGUCAUUGGUUCGCUCCUGGUGAUGGUCGUUUGCGGGCUGCCCAUGUGGAAGGUGACGGCGUUCAUCGAGGCCAACAUUGUGGUGGCUCAGACCAUCUGGGAUGGGCUCUGGAUGUCCUGUGUGGUGCAGAGCACGGGCCAGAUGCAGUGCAAGGUGCACGACUCGGUCCUUGCACUCGGCCACGACCUGCAGGCGGCGCGAGCCCUGACCGUCAUCGCAUGUGUGUUUGGCGUGCUGGGGCUAAUGGUGGUGAUCGCCGGGGCGCAGUGCACCAAUUGCAUCAAUGACGAGAACGUCAAAGCCCGGGUGGUGAACGCCGGAGGGGUUAUCUACAUAAUCAGUGGCUUGUUUGUUUUAGUCCCUCUCUGCUGGAUGGCCAACAACAUAAUCUCGGAUUUCUACAACCCACAGGUGCCCGCGUCCAAGAAGAGGGAGAUUGGGGCUGCGCUCUACAUCGGUUGGGCGGCCACUGCGCUCCUGCUGAUCGGGGGCGCGCUCCUCUGCUGCUCCUGUCCUUCUAACGGGAAUUCGGGCUACUCGGCGAAAUAUGCCCCGACCAAACGGGCCACACCGAACGGGACCGUGGACUAUGACAAAAGGAAUUACGUGUAGCCCUGCGUCUCACCCUCAUGAUGGGGUCGCUAGGCUGUGCUUAAAUGUGGUCUGUGGUUUUUUGAAAAACUUUUUUGAAAAACGUUUUUUUGCACCUGCAGUUUACUCUGAACUUUGAAAUAAAUGAAAGCGUCAUUCCCUUUUGUAACACUGACUUUAAACUAAACACAAUAUUGGAGAACAUAUUCAUUCAUCAUUUUUUUUGCAUACAGAAGAAAAUAAACGUUUGGAGACUAUGCGUAUAGCCUAAAGUGAUAGCCAAUGACAAAAAGGAGCGUCUUUGUUUUAGGUACAGUAUUGUUUUAAAUGUCCAAGGCUAUAUUUUCGAUAAUUGCUCAUAAACCUUUGCAUUUAGAAAUGUUUACCGGAAUUUGUUUUUCUAAAGGAAGUUCCAAUGACAAUAUAUCUGCUGUCUUUUUACUUCAGUGUAGGCUACAGUGACUUCAGAGUGGUUUAACUCCAAACCACUUAAAAGGUUUUUGGACAAUGGAUUUUUGCUGCAUGCGACUGUGUGAAGAUAGACGAAAACAUGUUGGCCUAUUUUCAAACCAAUACACAACUCAGGCAUUCUUACAUUUGUCUAUAACCGUGAGAAAUCACAUAUAUUACACAAAUUAGGACCAUAGAUUUAGAUGUCAAAUAUAGGAUGUCCACAACACCUGUUCUGGUGUCAAAAUUAUUUUAGGAUAAAACAAAACAUUUAGCAAACUUGUGUUUUAAAUAUGUACAUAUUGUGCCGGAUGUGUUUCUUUUCAUGGAUUUUUAGGAAUAUACUGCUGUUUUACUGACUGGUUUUGAUGUAAAGAUCCAUUGUGUAUUUGAUGCUAUAUUCUUCUUUCCAUUGUUACACUGACAUUAAACGGAUAUUGUUUAAAGUA